CCGUCACUGAGCUACCUUGCCUCCCGAGCUGCCAAAUCUUAAAAGAGGCUUGAGAGGUUUAAGAGAAAAUGGUGAGAAUCAGUGUACUAAACGAUGCACUCAAGAGCAUGUACAAUGCUGAGAAACGUGGCAAGAGGCAGGUCAUGAUCAGACCUUCCUCAAAAGUCAUCAUCAAGUUUCUCAUCGUGAUGCAAAAGCACGGUUACAUUGGUGAGUUUGAGUACGUUGAUGACCAUCGAUCUGGCAAAAUCGUUGUGGAGUUGAACGGGAGGUUGAACAAGUGUGGUGUUAUCAGCCCACGUUUUGAUGUUGGUGUUAAGGAGAUUGAAUCUUGGACUGCUCGUUUGCUUCCUUCCAGACAGUUUGGUUACAUUGUGUUGACUACUUCAGCUGGGAUUAUGGACCAUGAAGAAGCUAGGAGAAAGAAUGUCGGAGGCAAGGUCCUUGGUUUCUUCUAUUGA